UUUGAAUAGUGUUCAAGUAUGAGUAAGAUAAAAUAUGCAACAGACGUGGAGAAAUCAGUCAUAACAAGUAAUUUUGAAGCGCGUGGCUGGACAGUUGUGCAUCCUGAUGAGGAUUGGAAUAUUUUUUGGGCUUCUGUUCAAAGCAUACGCAUGCUCUUUAGCAACGAAACAUCAUAUAGAUUAUCAGAUAACCAGGUUUCAACGAUAAAUAAAUUGCGCUAACUAAUUCAGAUUGUAAACCACUUCCCAAACCAUUUUGAACUUACCAGAAAAGAUCUAAUGGUCAGAAAUAUUAAAAGGUACAGACGCGAAUUGCAGAAGGAGGGAAACCCGUUGGCUGUAAAAGAUGAUACUGGAAGGUAUUUCUUCUUGGAUUUUAUACCGGUCACCUACAUGCUGCCACAGGAUUAUAACCUGUUUGCAGAAGAGUUUAAACGCAACCCCUCUUCUACAUGGAUAAUGAAGCCUAGUGGGAAAGCCCGUGGAGUCGGUAUUUUCCUGAUUAAUAAACUCUCUCAACUUAAGCGAUGGUCUAGAGAUGGGAAAUCUGGUUUAAUUGGUGCAACACCAGCUUGUAGAGAUUCUUACGUUAUAUCAAGGUAUAUCGACAACCCACUAUUAAUUGGAGGCAAAAAGUUUGACCUGCGCCUUUAUGUCCUUGUUACUUCGUUCAGGCCUCUCAAGACAUACGUGUAUAAGCUUGGGUUCUGCAGGUUUUGCACGGUUAGGUAUAAUUCGGAUGUCAGUGAGCUAGAUAAUAUGUUUGUUCACCUGACGAACGUUUCAAUACAAAAGCAUGGAAUUCAUUACAACAGUAUUCAUGGUGGUAAAUGGACAACAGAGAAUUUCCGCUUAUGGUUGCAGGGAACGAAAGGAAAACCCGUCUCCGACAAGCUGUUUGAUGAGAUACAUUGGAUAAUAGUACAUUCUCUGAAAGCAGUCGCAAAUGUGAUGAUAAACGACAGACACUGCUUUGAAUGUUAUGGUUACGAUAUCAUAAUUGACGACAAUUUUAAGCCAUGGCUUGUGGAGGUAAAUGCAUCUCCGUCACUGUCGGCUACAACGGCUAGUGACCGUAUUUUAAAAUACAAGUUAGUAAACGACGUUAUUAAUAUCGUUGUACCCAACGGAACAGUUCCAGACGUCAAAUCUAAUAGAAAUGUCACUAAGGAACAAAUGGGACAGUUUGAUUUACUUUACGACGAGGAAAAGGCAUUAGAAGAAUCAUUUGCAGCUACGAAUGCUCAACCACAAAAACAACAUUCAAGUUCCUCUGGGAACGUCCCCAGUAAUUCUUCUCAAAAUGGACUAAGAAUAAAACGUGAAAGUCGAGUGAGCAUACGAAGAGGUUCUUCUACUAAGUGAGCUGUAAUAAAAGUAGUAUGUGUACUAAGCUGAGUUUUAUAUCCUCCCUUAUUAAUUGACACACUACUAUUGGUUUCCAA